GCUCGGCCCCGAGAGGGCCCUGCCGGGCGGCGGCGACAACACAAGUCGAGCCAUGGUCGCGCUGGAGAACCCGGAGGGCGGCUCGGAGGAGGCGGUGGCGGCGGUGGGAAGCGCCCCAGGCGGGCGGCGGACGCUGCCCCUUCCGGGCUGCCUGCCCGCUCUAGCUGGCUCCCAGGUGAAGAGGCUGUCAGCCUCCAAGCGGAAACAACACUUCAUCAACCAGGCUGUGCGGAACUCAGACCUCGUGCCCAAGGCCAAGGGGCGGAAGAGCCUCCAGCGCCUAGAGAACACCCAGUACCUCCUAACCCUGCUGGAGACAGACGGGGGCACAGCUGGUCUGGACGAUGGGGACCUGGCCCCCCCGGCAGCACCCGGGAUCUUCGCAGAGGCCUGCAGCAAUGAGACCUACAUGGAGGUCUGGAAUGACUUCAUGAACCGCUCUGGGGAGGAACAGGAAAGGGUUCUCCGCUACCUGGAGGAUGCGGGCAAGAGCAAGACACGGAGGAGGGGGCCUGGCCGCGGGGAGGACCGACGGAGAGAGGACCCGGCCUACACACCUCGUGACUGCUUCCAGCGCAUCAGCAGGCGUCUGAGAGCCGUCCUCAAGCGGAGCCGCAUCCCCAUGGAAACGCUGGAGACCUGGGAGGAGCGGUUGCUGAGGUUCUUCUCUGUGUCUCCCCAGGCCGUGUACACGGCCAUGCUGGACAACAGUUUCGAGAGGCUCCUGCUUCACGCCAUCUGCCAGUACAUGGACCUCAUCUCAGCCAGUGCCGACCUGGAGGGCAAGAGGCAGAUGAAGGUCAGCAAUCGGCACCUGGACUUCCUGCCACCGGGGCUGCUCCUGUCCGCGUACCUGGAACAGUGCAGCUGAUGGCAGCCCCGCCCUGCCCCCCUCCCCCCCCCCCGCCACGCUGCCUCCCCCUUGCCCAGACCUCGGAUACCAUUUGCUACAGUAUCUUUAUUAUUUUGAGAAUUUGUCCCUGUAGACACGCUCUUCCCCUCGGGUGGCUCUCUCUCACCCUGGCCCCUUCCCUGUCCACCUCUCCCAGAUAAACGCUGGGGGCUGGGGCCACCCCGGACUGGCCUGGCCUUGCAGCUCCCCGCUCUGGGACUUGUAUUCGAGCGAGGAGACCCGGCCUGGUCACCUCUGUGUUCCUUCAUUCUGCUUUUCCAGCCCCGUUUGAAGCUUAAGCGAGGAAUGAGAGGCUGGGUUUUUAUCACUUUUAAUGAAUUUGGCAUGAUUUGUUGUAGAUUUUUAAAUUUCCCUUUUGGGAAGAAAAACCAAAAACUUGCCCCAACUGAUAAAUCGGGGGACUUUGUUCUAGUCCCUGUUUGACCCCCCCUUCCCAGUUUUUGGCUUGGGGGGGGUCUCUGGGGCUCUGCCCCUUUUUCCAGGAGUGUUCUGUUGUAUGCCCAUGUGCGCGCGCGCGUGUGUGCGUGUGUGCGUGUGUGUGUGUGUGUGUGUGUGUGUGUGUGUGUGUGUGUGCGUGCGCAACCUAGGACAGAAGCUACAUCUUAAAGGCUGGUCUUACCACCUUUUGGGAAUGUGUGCUGUUCUCCCCCUGGUGGCUUUUGGUGGCUCCUGUGGCCCUGUCUGCUCUGCACACCUCCUCCCUUCGUACUGGGGGAUCGGGACUUCCAGCCAGAAGCCUCUGCCGUCGGACUGCCCCAUUCCCCUCUUCGUGUCCCCUUCCCCCCCGCCCAGCUCUGGCCUGUUGCCUUGGGGUGUCCUCACACUGGUCAUCCUGGCGUGUCCCACAAGAGCAGAGCUGGGGGACACCCCUCCCGUGUGUGUGGCUGGUUGUGCUUUGGGAAAAGUAGAGAGUUCAAUAAAUUUCUGGUGCUCUGG